GCAUAUUCCAAAGGGCAUGUUCGAGAAAACAACCUCGUCACCCUCCAAGUCACCACACGUAUACACCUACUCUUCCCCUGUGUUCUCCACCGGUACGUCCGUCGCUCACUCCAGCUCUUCACCGAGGAAAUCGAAGUGAAAUGGCAGCAAUGUCGGGGAAGGUUGUCCAUAAUGUUUUUGUAUCACAGUGCUACCAACAGAAUAGGCAAUUCGUCAGCACCCAAUAUCAAAGGGACUGUUGUGCCCCUCAUGUGCGCACCUUGCUUCCCUUUCAAGGAGGGAAGUUGGCAUGGACUGGCAUCUCUUCCAUGCAAUUGCGCACCUUAUCAAAACACCGGAGUGGUUUUGUUAACCGAGGAACUGUUCACUGCAAUGCUGCUCCCACUACUUCUGCGGUGCCAUCUCUUGACAAAGUUGAUUUCUUGAAGCUUCAAAAUGGCAGUGAUAUACGAGGUGUUGCUGUUCCUGGUGUUGAGGGAGAGCCUGUCAACCUCGCUGAACCUGUUGCAGUAGCAAUAGCAGCUGCCUUUGCUGGAUGGUUGGUGGAAAAAAAGAAAGCUGAUGGCUCUCGACGUUUGAGAGUUUCCAUCGGCCAUGAUUCCCGAAUAUCUGCACAAGUUUUACAGGAUGCAAUUUCUCGAGGUAUUGCUGGUGCUGGCCUGGAUGUUGUUCAAUAUGGAUUAGCAUCUACACCAGCAAUGUUUAAUAGCGCACUUACUGAAGAUGAUGAGUUUUUAUGUCCGGUGGAUGGGUCCAUUAUGAUAACAGCAAGUCAUCUGCCUUACAACCGGAAUGGAUUUAAAUUUUUCACAAAUGCUGGAGGGCUUGGAAAAGCUGACAUCAAAGACAUAUUGGAGCGUGCUGCAGAUAUAUACAAUAAUUUUACGGAAAAUGGUUUGAUGAAUUCAAAGGAAAAAGCUUCUGCAUCAAUAAGGAGAGUUGAUUACAUGACCAUAUAUACAUCUGAUCUUGUAAAAGCAGUCCGCAAGGCUGCGGGAAAUAUAGAGAAGCCAUUGGAGGGAUUCCAUGUAGUUGUUGAUGCAGGGAAUGGAGCGGGAGGAUUUUUUGCUGCAAAAGUGCUUGAGCCUCUGGGUGCAGUUACUACCGGUAGUCAGUUCUUGGAGCCAGAUGGUUUGUUUCCAAAUCAUAUUCCAAACCCGGAGGACAAGACAGCGAUGAAAGCUAUAACUCAGGCAGUUCUUGAUAACAAGGCUGAUUUGGGGAUCAUCUUUGAUACUGAUGUUGACAGAUCUGCUGCUGUUGAUUCCACCGGCCGUGAGUUCAACCGGAAUCGUUUGAUUGCCUUGAUGUCUGCCAUUGUUCUUGAGGAACAUCCUGGAACAACUAUUGUGACUGACAGUGUGACUUCAGAUGGUCUGACCACAUUUAUUGAGAAGAAACUUGGAGGGAAGCACCAUCGGUUCAAAAGAGGUUACAAAAAUGUCAUUGAUGAAGCUAUUCGUUUGAACUCUAUUGGUGAGGAGUCACAUCUGGCUAUUGAGACUAGUGGUCAUGGAGCUCUGAAGGAGAAUCACUGGCUUGAUGAUGGUGCUUAUCUCAUGGUCAAAAUCUUGAAUAAGCUUGCUUCGGCCAGAGCUUCAGGAAUGGAUGGUGGCAGCAAAGUGUUAACUGAUCUGGUACAAGGUCUGCAGGAACCAGCUGUUGCUGUAGAAUUGAGAUUGAAGAUCAAUCAGAAUCACCCAGAUCUUAAAGGAGGAUCUUUCCGGGACUAUGGAGAGGCGGUGCUGAAACACUUGGAGAACUUUAUCGAAUCAGAUCCAAAGCUUCAAAAACCCCCUGUUAAUCACGAAGGGGUUCGAGUUUCUGGCUUUGGGGGAUGGUUCCUUCUUAGACUUUCACUUCAUGAUCCUGUACUCCCCCUUAACAUCGAGGCACCAAGCCAUGACGAUGCUGUCACACUUGGACUUCUUGUGCUUGCUGCUGUUAAGGAGUUCCCAGGUCUGGAUACCUCUGCCCUGGAUAAAUUUGUCCAAGUAUAGGCUUCAGAACUAUUCAAGCACCAAAUCCAUUGGCUUCAUCGUCAUGAAAUGAGGUACCCCCUUUUCAGUGCGGCUCAUCUGCGAGGUAGCUCUGUCAAAUGCAUGCUACAGGAAAUUCUGCUCCAAAUAGCACUACAAUGUUCUGUAAUAAGUGUUGUGAGUUUAUGAGUUAUUCGAGCAUAGAACUAGAGAUAUGAAGAAUGUAAAAUCGAUGUCAUCAUUGUCCAUUGUAAUACUAUCACAGUUUUGGAUUGGUAUGCCAUGUGCUCAAACUUGUUUACUCAUCAAGACUAUGAUGGGCAUCA